AUGGCGCACCUGGGGGCGGCGGCCCUUGACCUGCUGACCGACCGCGACAAGCUGCUGAUGCUGGUCGCGGGCGGCAGCGCCCUCGCGCUCGGCGUGUACGGGGCCAGGGAGGGCGCGCGCGUCGCCGGCCGCGCGGCGGAGCGGUGGCUGGGCACGCCCAAGCUGGUGCGCGAGACCUCCCGGUGGUCCCUCACCGGCCGCGGUCUGACCGCGCCGCGCGUGAAGAGCAGCGACGCCGUGAAGAAGGACUUCAGUGACAUCAUCCUGCCUGAGGGCCUGCACAACCAGGUGCGGUCCCUGGCGGCGACGGCGGCCAACACCAAGCGCCACGGCGCCCCCUUUCGCCACAUGCUCUUCUACGGGCCCCCGGGGACGGGCAAGACACUCGUGGCCAAGCGCCUCGCGCGCACCAGCGGCCUGGACUAUGCUAUCCUGUCUGGCGGCGACAUCGCCCCCCUGGAGGGCGGCGCGGUCACGCAGCUGCACUCCACCUUCGACUGGGCUGAGAAGAGCCGGAAGGGCCUCCUGCUGUUCAUCGACGAGGCGGACGCGUUCCUGGGCCGCCGCAGCGACGCGAUGAGCGAGGGGCUGCGGGGGGCGCUCAACGCGCUGCUGUACCGCACCGGGGACCAGAGCCGGGACUUCAUGGUCGUGCUCGCCACCAACAGGCCGGGUGGGUGA